CAACUCAGCCCAUCUCCCUUGCAACCAAGACUAUCCAAGAUCUGUAUCAUCCGCAGCCACCAAUGGGGAAAUACCAUGUGGGUAACAGAUAACGCAUGCUCUCUUAAGUUUAUUCUUUACAUAUGAUGCCGCUCCCUGUUUCAGCACUUCUUUUUUAUCAUCAACUACACUUGAGCCUGAAGCAGGAGGAAUAAGAUAGAUCAGGAGUUUGGUAUCUCCGGCCAGCAUUCUGCGUCAGGCCAUUGCCUCUCAACAAGUCGGCCAGAUCAAACGAACAAGUAGCCGAGUAGCGAGAGAAGCACAUGCCUCCACUUUUACCCUCGGCUCAAAGGCGCGCAGCUAUCGUCAAGCUACUCAAGUCUAUCAUCCCGUUGAACUUGAACUUUAUUGCUAUUCAUUAUAUAUAUCUGCUUUGUCUAGCAUUUAUUUCAUCCGUGAUUCUGUAUAUACCAGGAGGACUGCAAUAUGUCGACGCCUUAUUCUUUGGGAGUGGAGCUGUCACUCAAAGUGGGCUGAAUACAGUCGACGUCAAUGACCUCAAUAUAUUCCAACAGUCAAUCCUGUACUUCAUGCCCCUCAUCACAUCACCGAUUUUCAUCCAUACCGUCGUUGUCCUGGUGCGCAUCCAUUGGUUUGAACAGAGAUUCAGGAAUAUCGUGAGAGACUCCAAAAUCGACAAGAGAUCCAAGACAAGAGAUGAGGGGAGGAACUCUGGCCGAGAGUUUAUCCCUCUAGGCGGAGAUGCUCGAGAUUAUGAUGGAACUCAACUCGCGCCAAUGGCACGAGGAGCCCUGGCGGGCUCUCCUGAACCCGUGGCCACUCAGAAAACAGGACACUCGGAUGAUCUUUAUAGUCCUGCAACGUCCACUGGCGGCACUACACCAUCUAGUGUGAAGUCCCGGAAAUCUCUAGAAAUACCCGGAGCAGGUAUUGGCCCUUCGAACAAUAAUGAGAACAGGAUGAGACAGCACAUCGCAUUCGUGGAGCGCCAACGCAGUCCCAGAGAAGAAGAGACACUUAGGAUUCCAGGACCCAGGGACUUUGACCGUGGUGACAAGCCUCACACGCUUCAACCGCCACGCAGUCGGGCAAACUCUGAAGUCCCUCCUCUCAUUGAGCUCGACCUCUUACCAAGCAAACAUGACAAGGAGGUCGUACCUGCGGUAUCAACAAAAGCGGUAGAGCAUGAGAAUCAGCCGAACACCGAGCAUGAUGAGACAAAAGAUCUCAAAAUCAGGCGGGCAAUCACCUUCAAUACCCAGAAUGACAGACAUUCUCCCCCGACUGCUGCUCCAACUGAACCCGGCGUGAAGAGAGCCUCAACGACAGGAGAUGUGUCAGUAUCAAAAAAGCCAGCUUCUAGUCCAGCCGAGCCAGGAUUUCUUCGAAGAAUCAGAAGUGGUCAACCACUGUCAAGAUCUGCGAGUCGUACCGAAUCAGUUGAUCUGCCAUACUUAAGCUAUGCGCCUACGGUCGGAAGAAACUCGACAUUUGUCAAUUUGACUCAGGAGCAGCGAGAAGAACUAGGUGGGAUUGAGUAUCGCGCUUUAAAGACUUUGUCGAUUAUACUCAUAGGAUAUUAUGUUGGCUUCCAUGUGCUGGGUUGGGUUUGUUUUCUUCCGUGGAUUAUGAACAACGACAAAUAUGGCUUGAUUCUCACUAGUCAGUAUAUUGGCCGACCAUGGUGGGCCUUCUUCACAUCCUCCUCACUAUUCAACGAUCUAGGAUUUACGCUCACAGCCAACUCGAUGAUCUCAUUCCAAGACGCCGUGUUCCCCUUGAUUCUAGGCAGUUUCCUUAUCGUCAUUGGCAACACCGGAUUUCCUUGCAUGCUUCGCUUCAUGAUCUGGCUGGGAUCAAAAAUGAUACCUAGAGAUGGGAGACUCUAUGAAGAAUUGCGUUUUCUUCUAGAUCAUCCGAGACGUUGCUUUACUUUGUUGUUUCCCAGUAGGGCGACGUGGUGGCUUUUUUGGACACUGAUGAUUUUCAAUGGCGUUGAUCUCCUGUUCUUUAUCAUUCUCGAUCUCAACGACGACACCGUCAUGUCACUUAGCCCAGGAAUUCGGGUCCUCGCCGGCUGGUUCCAAGCAACAUCCACCCGAACCGCUGGCUUCGCCGUCGUCAACCUCGCCGAUCUCCGCCCAGCAAUCCAAGUUUCUUACCUCAUCAUGAUGUACGUCUCCGUCUUCCCAGUCGCCAUGUCCGUCCGCCGGACAAACGUCUUCGAGGAACGGAGUUUAGGAAUCUGGGGCCGUUCGAAUACGAAUUCAGAUACGCCGCCGAGUUAUGUGGGUGCGCAUCUGAGAAGACAGCUGAGUUUUGAUAUGUGGUAUAUCUUCUUGGGGCUGUUUAUCAUUGCUGUUGCCGAGGGCAAGAGGUUGGAGGAUACGAGUGAAGAUGUGAGUGUUGAUCUUUCCUUCUUGCUUGAAGGAAGAAUGGUCCUCGAAUGGGUGGUUCUAAUUAUGUUUAGGCUUUCACAGGAUUUUCACUGCUCUUCGAAAUCGUGUCUGCAUAUGGAACAGUUGGAUUGUCACUGGGACAUCCCAAUGUCAACACCUCACUCUCUGGUCAAUUUACUGUUGUCAGUAAAUUGGUCAUCAUCGCUAUGCAGGUGCGAGGUCGUCAUCGUGGACUGCCGUACAAGCUGGAUCGUGCCAUCUUGUUGCCAGGCGAUAUGUUAAAUCAAGAGGAAGGUGAGGAGGAAUGAUAAGCUGGCAAAGCGUGCGCACGAUAGGU